AGAUUCCAGUGCACAGAUUUCCAUGCUCUGACAACCGGGCAUGAAAACCCCUGCAGCUCUCUCACAUACAUUUCUGUCUGUGACUUCUGAAAACAUAAACUACACAUAGGACAGAUCAGCACCGGGGGAGAUAUUUACAGGCAGAUUGAAGUGAAACCUGCAGAAUUAUUGAAGAUCCUAACAAGAUUAGCAUUGCACCAUGUGGGUAACAAACCUGGUAUCCUUGGUCCUCCUGGCCACUUCCGCCCAAGCUGCUACCUCGGCAUCAGCAGACAAAGUCCUGAGUAACCACGCCACCAUCCUUGCCGACAACAGCGCUAACCUGGCUUUCAAUCUCUACCAAAACAUGGCUAAGGAGAAGAGCAUUGAGAACAUCCUGAUUUCCCCUGUAGUAGUGGCAUCCUCUCUGGGUCUGGUGGCUCUCGGGGGCAAAGCGUCGACUGCCUCUCAGGUUAAAACCCUCCUCAAUGCAGCUAAGGUCAAAGACGAGCAGCUGCACUCGGGCCUCGCUGAGCUCCUGACUGAGGUGAGCGACCCAAAAACCCGCAACGUCACCUGGAAGAUCAGCAAUCGCCUGUACGGACCCAGCUCCGUCACCUUUGUGGAUGCCUUUGUGAAGAGCAGCAAAAAGCACUACAACUGUGACCACUCCAAGAUCAACUUCAGGGACAAGAAGAGUGCCCUGAACUCCAUCAACGAGUGGGCCGCCAAGUCUACUGACGGCAAGCUGCCGGAGGUCACCAAGGACGUGGAAAAGACAGACGGGGCAAUAAUCAUCAAUGCUAUGUUCUUCAAACCUCACUGGGACGAGCAGUUUCAUCAUAAGAUGGUGGAUAACAGAGGAUUCAUGGUGUCCCGCAGCCUCACUGUGUCAGUACAGAUGAUGCACCGCACAGGUCUCUAUGGCUUCCAUGAAGACAAAACCAACAAGUUGAACAUCCUGAGCAUGCCUCUGGCUCAUAAGAAGUCCACUGUUGUGUUCCUCAUGCCAUACCACUUGGAGCCUCUGGAGAGACUGGAGAAGUUGCUGACCAAGAAGCAGCUGGAUUCAUGGAUGGGCAAACUGCAGCAGACCGCUGUCGCUGUGUCUCUGCCCAAAGUCAGCAUGGAAGUCAGUCACGACCUGCAGAAACACCUUGGAGAAUUGGGCUUAACAGAAGCUUUGGACAAAACCAAAGCCGACUUGUCCAACAUCUCCGGGAAGAAGAACCUCUACCUGUCCAGUGUGUUUCACGCCUCGGCCAUGGAGUGGGACACUGAUGGGAACGAGAUGGACGUCAGCGUCUUCGGCACAGACAAGCUGAAAAACCCCAAACUGUUCUACGCCGACCACCCGUUCAUCUUCCUGGUGAAGGACCAGAAGACAAACUCCAUCCUGUUCAUCGGCAGGAUGGUGAGGCCAAAGGGGGAAAAGAUGAGAGACGAAUUGUAACAUCUUGAUGACCUGAGUUUUAGAUUAAAUUACUGACUGUGUAUGGCAAGCCCUUUAACAUUUAAUCAGCUCGUCUGGAAAGAAGAGCUUGAAUUUAAACAUGUCAAAAUGUCAUUGUUUCAAGUUAAAAUGUAAUGUUAAGAUUUCUUAAGAAGCACAAAAGAGCAUUAGAAAUAGUUUUAACUUUAGUCAUUAGGAUAAGGCAUGUCUCGGUGUGGCCUAUCACAGUGACCAGUCUAAUGUUUUUUUUCUUAAUCGCAAGAACACAAUCCCGUUAUCACGUGAAAACAAACUUUGUUAUCUUGUUAAAAUUGAUGAGUCAAGAUCGCGAGUAAAGAACUUUAAUCAACUUGUUCUCAUGGGUAGGAAAUAAAAUGUAUGGAUGCAUGUCCACUUUGGAAGAAAUAGAAUAGAAUAACAACAUUUAAAAGUUGACAUUUUCACUUUAAAGAAUAUUAAUUUAAAUAUUGUGACUCAAGAUUCCAUUCAUUUGAAUUCCAAAUGGUCAAAAUUUCAUCACGUGUAAAUCCACUUCAAUUUAUAGCUCCAUUUAAUCGACUUCAGAAGAAGUCAAGGGUAAAAGUUCACCAGUUUAAAUCAGGUUUAAGGUAUGAACAUGUUUCAUUAGUGACAAAGUUAUUACUGAUAUAUUAAAAUAAAAUCAAAACUAUAAUAAUGGCAUUAUGUAUAAAUGUGUUCUGAAUUCAGACUUAUACUAAAGGAAAGUACACUUACAUAAUUCACAGUUUGAUUAAAUUUAAGACGGGGCUUGCCAUAGACUGUGUGAGUGCACAUUUCUCCUUCUAUACACAGAGAGAGAAGAGUGCCAUGAGAUGUAAAUAUACGUCGUCGACACCAUUCCACUAAACCUGACUGAAGAGAUAGAUGUGUUUCAGCAUUUUGUCCUGUGUCUUAGUGAGCAAAGCAUUGUGCACAGCCUUCAUUUGAUCAUGAAGAACAUUUGAUAUCAAUAUGUGGCUUUUCUUUUUUUUUAAUUGGCUGAUCACAUUACGGACUGAAGACUUACAUUAAGUAUGAUUUCCCUGAUUAAUGCCUGACGUGUAAAUGCACCAUUAUGUUUAAUGGAUGAAAAGAAUACCUGUGGAAAAAUAAAACGUUCUUUAUGUCAAGUCUUAAUUUUUGUAAAAGAUGUUAAGUAUUCUUAUUUUUUGGAGGACCAAGUAUCACUUCAAUCACUUUGUAAAUGUCAUGCUCUUAACAUUUCUUUUAUCGCCCAUCCUUUGCACUGCUUUCUGCUACACACCACAGUCCUGAUGUGCUUGCUAAUAAUAAACUAUCUAAAUUGCACUGGUCUACACUGGCAAACUAAUAAAACAUGGCUGAUUUGAUAAAAACUAUCUCUGCUGCAAUGUGUGCACACAUGGUUUGAAAAAGUCAGUGUAAAUGGUUUUCGACUGCAACAAAAAUCAGGUUUUUGAAAUAAAAAAAAGUUUGAAAAACAAA